AUCACGGUGGCAACUCUGUCGUCACAGCUGGUCAAUUUACAUUUUGCAAUUGCAGUUUGUACAUGCCGUUGCAUUAAUAAAUAAUUUGAGCCACAAUAUGUCUAAGGAAGAUAAGGACAAAGUGCAAAUUAUCGACAAGGAGUUGGAUCUCUCAAAUGCAGGACGUGGCGUUUGGUUAGUCAAAGUACCCAAAUACAUUGCACAAAAAUGGGAAAAGGCGCCGUCCAAUAUGGAUGUUGGCAAGCUGCGAAUCAGCAAAACGCCUGGUCAGAAAGCCCAAGUUUCACUUUCGCUCACGCCUGCUGUGCUCGCUCUGGAUCCGGAUGAGAAAAUACCCACAGAGCACGUUCUCGACGUGUCACAGGUUACAAAACAGACUCUUGGUGUUUUCUCCCACAUGGCACCAACAGAAUUGGCGGCUGUGACCGCCAGCAAUGGUAAGGAAAAUGGUUCAGCUGCUUCCGCGACGCCAGACAGUGAGAAGCUAUAUAUGGAGGGUCGUAUCGUGCAAAAGCUUGAAUGCAGACCCAUUGCCGACACUUGCUACAUGAAGUUGAAGCUCGAGUCCAUACGCAAAGCGUCCGAGCCGCAGCGUCGAGUUCAGCCAAUUGACAAGAUUGUACAGAAUUACAAGCCAGUUAAAGAUCAUGCACACAAUAUCGAGUAUCGGGAACGUAAGAAGGCGGAAGGCAAAAAGGCACGUGAUGAUAAGAAUGCUGUGAUGGAUAUGCUUUUCCAUGCAUUUGAAAAGCAUCAGUACUAUAAUAUUAAGGACCUGGUGAAGAUAACCAAUCAGCCUAUUAGCUACCUGAAGGAGAUACUUAAAGAUGUCUGCGAUUAUAACAUGAAAAAUCCGCACAAAAAUAUGUGGGAGCUCAAGAAAGAAUAUCGCCACUACAAGACUGAAGAGCAGAAGGACGAGGAAAAGACAAAAUCAGACGGCAGCAGCGACUCCGAAUAAUUGUAGAAUCUUGAUUUUUAUACCACCCCAUCUAUAUAUCUAUAUGUACAACUUUCAAAUUUAACCACGUACUCAGUUAAGCGCAAAGUAAAUCCAGAAGAAUUUCUGUACAAUUUUUAUCGAAACUUCUGUCAUUUUUAAUACUUAUAAUUCCCGCCAUCCCAUAAAUUUCA